CCUCAAUAUGCAAUAGACUCAGCAAUGCCACCUAGCUGCCUUCUUAUUUAAUCUUUGUGCGACCUCCUCUAGCUACGCUAUGUUACACUGAGUUAAAUCUUAACACCUGUUUACAGGGCUGCCUCUUUCUCAGGGCUUUACGAUAAAUAUGCCGCUUUGCACACCAUGCCAGUCUCUCGACCUAGCCGACCUUAUUGAUGAAGAAAACGAUCUGCAGGAUAUCGUCAUGCAAAAGUCAAUCGUCGUUCUCGAGAAGAACGCAUCUAUCUGCGACCUCUGCAGGUUGAUAUGGACAUCCUUUGUUAAUAACCUUGGUCAAUUUGGCCGGGAUAUCCAAACAGAGAUGGGCUCCAUCGCGCAGUCAGUCUCUCCUGUUCUGAUGAGAGGUCGCCGGGAUUGCGGCAUCAGUCCCGACUGGGAGCCGGGCGACAUCUAUCAUCUCAAAGUUCGAUGCGAUCCCCUCCGAGUAUCCUGUGACUUCAGCCUGUACGCCGAGGAAGAAGAAGGAGUCGAACCGAUACGGCAGCUCAAGGGAAUCAUUUUGGGCCGCCAAAUCAAACCCCCUGCACAGCAACUGGGGCUGUUGAGGGAAUGGGCCAGAAACUGCAACAAGAACCAUGCGCAAUGUCGUCGAGGCAUCGGCCCUCUGCCGACACGAGUCAUCGAUGUAGGCAGAGAGGGCCAGGUUGAGCCGCGACUUGUUGAGACAGAUGGGAAAGCCGAUCUCUACAUGACGCUUAGUCACUGCUGGGGCCGCCAUCCAGUGAUUCAGACAACCAGUCACACAAUCAAUGAUCACCUCCAAGCUUUACCGCUCAUACGACUACCGAAAACCUUCCGCGAUGCGGUCAUCAUUACCAGGGCGAUGGGAGUGCAAUAUCUGUGGAUCGACUCUCUGUGCAUCGUCCAGGACUCCAAGGAAGAUUGGGAACGCGAAAGUGCUAAGAUGGGGAUGAUUUACUUUUCGUCGUUUCUGACAAUAGCAGCAUCCGCGUCUGGUGAUUCGAGGGGCGGCUGCUUCGUUCCUCGGGAAGCUACUUUGAGUCACGCUCAACUAGAACACUGGCAGAUACGCACCGGUCAUCGCAGUAAGAUCUAUAUCCGAUCACGACCCGGCGACUUUAGCAAUCUCGACGAGAGGACCUUGCAUACACGCGCUUGGGUUCUCCAGGAACAAGUCUUGUCGGCUCGCAUGAUCAACUUUGACGUCGACCAGCUCCUUUGGAAGUGCCAAGAGGCCAGGCUCGCAGAAGACGGUAUCACUUCCGAGUCAACUUCUCUCCACGAUGGCCCAGACAUGUCCCAGUCUUUGGCUAGGUAUGAAGGCGGUCACCGUUCCUUCGAAUGGGAGCUUGAUUGGUACUCGAUGAUUGGGCCAUACACACAUCGGGGCAUCACCAAGUCAUCCGAUAAACUUCCGGCUCUUUCGGGUUUAGCAAAGGUUAUGGAACAGAGGACUGGCGUAGAGUACGUUGCAGGACUAUGGAAAAGUAACUUGUGCUUUGGGCUUUUAUGGCAACGGAAACGCCGCUGGCUUGUGCCACCAGCAGAUGGCUAUCGGGCACCGAGUUGGAGCUGGGCGUCUCUUGAAGGUGGUAUCUCCAUCACUGGGCGAUCGGAGAUUUUGGGUGGCGACAUGGAGGUUGCUGUGGAAGACGUCCAGACGGAGCUUCUGCCGUGCGGCCUGGACCCGAAAGGAAACCUAAAGUCCGGCCACCUAGAGCUGACUGGAAGGGUCAGGACAUUCGACAGACGGAUGGACCCUAACGACAAGGGCUACCAGCCAGUCGUGGAACUCAACAGCACUUAUGAGAAGAAUGCAGGUAUCGACUAUUUUUUCGACAAUAGGGAGCUUGUAGGACAAGUCGUCUUCGACGAGGCGUUCAAGUCUAACAACCAUCCAUUGUAUUGUCUGCAGAUGACUUAUCGGACUGGGUCCCCGACCGCCCGUAGCCGCUGGUAUGGAUUGUUUCUGGAGCCUACCGGGAAAGAAAGUGAGUUCCGCCGCAUAGGCUACGGCUGGACAGAGUAUGUGCAUAACAAAAUGUGGUUCGAAAACGUCCAGAUGCAGAGAAUUAGAAUUGUUUAGGCAGUUUAGUUUACCAACUAUUGUCAGGUACAUGUAAUUAAGUCAGGACACAGUAUUAAACAGAUAUAGUUGUAAUCGUAUUUUUCAUUUUGUUUGACAACAUCGCGAAGAUUCAGCUAAAUAAAUUUAUUAUACC